GUUUAGUUUAAUAAUUUUUGUGUAUUACUCGAAUUUAGUAGAUAUUUUGUGCACUUUGAUUUAUAAGCGUAGCACACAUAUUUUGCAGAAUGCCGAUUUCAUUUAGCAGACGGUAACAGAGAGUUUAAUUAUUUGCCCACUUUUGACAGCUAUGAUUUUCAGCGAUGAUCCAUUGGCUGAUUUGCUUAGCGAUAAUAGUUUGGAAAAUGAUAGCUUCUUCGACAACCCCACAGGCAUAAGGACAACAAAUCGUGUGAACAAAGGAAAAAAUAAAUUAGAUGAUUUGUUUGGCAUUAAAGAAGAGAGUGAAUCAACAGCGCUACCCGUGGCCAAAGCACGCCAACCUGUGCCAACAACAACACUAACAACUAGCACGCCACGUACAACCAACCAGCAACAAAAGACUUCCAAAGAUUUGCUAGAAGAUGACGACGAUGAUGAUUUGGGUUUCGAUCCACAAAAACCAAAAGCCGGCGGUAAAUUGAAUCUGUUGGACGAUUUGUUUGCAAGUUCGAGUGUUAAAGAGUCUAAAAGACCCGCCACCGCGCAACCAACGUCUGUGCGUCGUGAUACAGACAAGCCAACCAUAUCGCGUCAAUCAACAGACACCACCACCGAUACUUCGAAUGUGUUGCUAACACAGCCACGUCCAAAAACAUCGGCAGGUAGACGCAGUUCCAGUGCUUCGAAUGUAGUGACAGCCGAUCCGUUAGGACUUUUUGGUGGCGCCACCAAAGAACGUGAAAAGGAACCUUCUACAUCGGGCAUGUCUACGCCAAAAGCUAGAAAACGUGGCACUACAGCGGAUUGGCUGGGUUUGGACACGGAAGCGGAAGUUGCUGAUAAGUCUGAUAACUUGCCAGACACGCCGUUACGCAUGUCGAAACCGCCAACCACUACAUCGCUUACUAACACAGCCAGCACCGCAAGAGAAACGGUGGACAUUUUAAAGCUGCCUGAUAAUGAGGUUCAUGUGCAACCAACAGAAAUCCAUGAAGACACGCUAUUGAUGCCACCAGUUGUUACAACUGCAACAACUGGCGACAGCACCGCACAAAAUAUACUCCUGCUCAAUACACACAAUUUGGAAAUGAAGAAUGCUUAUACGGCGCUACAACAGCAGGAAUCUCAACUGGCGUUGGCAACGCAGAUGAAGAAUCAAGAACGCGCUCUACUGGAAAUGCAGCGCAAGCAAGAAACACUACUACAACAACAGGAGCGACAGUUCCAGGCACUAGUGCAACAACAGCUACAACGUCAACAACAAAUGGAGGAUCACAUCAAGAUGCAACAGCAACGAAUCAACUCACAUAUACAACUCCUGAUGACACAACCUGCCUUGUUACCGUCCAUGCCUUUACCGCCGACUAAGCCAAAUUUAGAGACUGACACCUUAGGUGAGCGCAUCGGUUCACCAGAUGGCACACCUGAGAAAUCGGAUGACGCCGCUGGAACUUUGGAUGAACGGCGUGGCCGCAACCGCAGUAACAGCGGCAGUCGUAGUCGCAGCCACAGCCGCAUUAGACCGGUCUCGCCGCCGGACGUCAUGUUAGAAGCGGUACAACAUGAGGCUGAUAUCAAACGUUUGGAAUUGGAAAAAUUACGUCUGGAAGAGUUGGUGGCAAAUCAAAAGGUCAACUAUGAACGAGAAAUCGAACUUAUAGAACGUUCUUAUAAGAAACAACUCGAAGUCGUCGAAAACCAUACAAAUUCAAUUGAAACGAGAUUGAAAUUAGAACUGGAGGAGCUUACGAAGCACUACACACAAAAAGUGGAGACAUUGGAAAACGAAAAGCAGAAAUUAAAAUCAGAAAACGAAGCGGAUUACGGUAACUUGAAACAAGAUCACGAGGAUGAGUUGCGUAAGCUAAAAAAAUCGCAUGAGGACGACAUAGAAAUGUUGCGGGAAGAGCAUAGGCGCAUGUUGGAGAAUGUGCGGCAAGCUAAAAUGCUUGAAUUUGCCGCAGUACAAGAGAAUGGCUCAUACAUGGAGAUGUUGAAAGCUGCCUCCAGUAACUUGGAGAAUCUAAGUGGUGGUUUGCAAGGACUCCGCGAUGACGUACAAACGCGACUUGAGCUUUUGCACAAGGAAAAGGAGAAGAAAUUAGAGGCACGUGAACGACGACUUGAAGACGCCGAACGACGUUUGAAGAUGAACGAAGAAUCUGCAGACGAAGAGAAAAAGCGUCUAAUGACAUUGGUGAGCAGUUUGGAGCAGCAACUAAAUAAGUUGUCUAAAGAAUCGGCAGAUGAGAACUGGCUGCUGCGUCAACGUAUGGCAGCGCUUGAGGCCGAGAAAACAGCCUUCGAGAAAGAGAAAGAAUUUGCACGCGAACAAAUAGCGCGUGAUGAGAAACGACUGGAGGAACUCAAAGAGCGGCAAUUAGUUGAAUCUCAACGCGCGCUUGUGGAUUUACAGGAGGAACGAGCACGUCUCUACUUGGAGCGUACUAAAAUCGAGACAGAACAGAAACUACAUUCUGGACAUGAUAUGGAGAAGCAACGUCUAGAAAUGGAUGCCGUAAUGAAAGUGGCACAAGAUGCGGCGCGUCAAGCGGAUGUUGAGCGCGAACGUUAUCACAAGUCAUUGCGUCAACUGGAGCAAUAUAAACGUGAACUGAUCGACAAAGAGAAUACACUGCGCGCCAAGGAAGACGAACUACAACAGGAAACACUCUCAUUUCGUAUGGCUGAACAUAAAUCGCAGGAAGCGCUACAAAAAGCGCGCACCGCCGAGCAAAACUUCCAAAUGAAGAUGCAAUUGCUACAGAAACGCAUGCGCGAAAUAGACGAGAUGGAGGUGAAUCUCUCACAAGAGCGCAUGGCUAUCACACAGGAACGCAUUAAAAUGCAGCAAUUGAAGACGCGUCUCAUGGAGAAGCGUUGUGAGAUAUGUAAAAUGGGCGACCAGCGGGAAAAAGUGGUGCAUUAUUUGAAUAGCAACAAUGACGAACCAGCUGCUAAUGAUGAUGGUGGAGCCGGCGAUUCGCUAGCACAACAGCGCAAUCACAGCCGUUCGGAGGAGCUCAAAAUGCGGCAUAUGUUGGAGCAGGGCAGCAUUGUGGAUCGAAUGCUGGACGAGAAUAUAGCCGAGUCCCUGCGCAGAAUGCGUGCGUCAACCCAUAUGGAGUAUUGGCCGGAGACAGUGUUGGACGAUGAUGCCAAGGAGUUGGCGCUACAUAAUUUCGAUGGCGGGUUGUUAGGUGGAAACGUAGAUAAUGUUUUUACUCGGACCUCACAAAAUAAAUAUUAGUGGUAGUUACUUUUAUAUGAAUGUACAAGAGGAUUUAUAAAAAUUAAACGUUAGUGUGUUAAAAACAAAA